CCGCUCAGUUCCCAAGCAAACCUCGCCUCCCUCCAAUUUUAGGGAACCAUUCAAAAUGACAACACGCACCCAUAACGAAUUUUUAGAAAUUGCACCCAGCGACGAUGACGAGGCCACUGACCGUGGCUAUGACUCCGAAGAGAAGGUGACAGAGAGCAAAGGCCGCGCGGUAAAGCGGCGGCGGACGGUAGAUACGCAAGACUUUUUCGGUCUGCAAUCAGACGAGGAGGAUUCCGAUAGUGAAGACGAGGACAAGGAGUCUCCGAGUGAUAUUCAAGGCAAGGGCCGCAAGUCUGCAAAGACAAAGCCCGAGCCUGUCGCGGACGAGGAAGAUAAUGACGACGAUGACGACGACGACGACGACGGCAAUGACAAUGACAAGGAAGGCGACAUGCUCCUCGACGCAACGGCCAACCCCUCCGAAAAGAAAACGGCCCCCAAGAUAAAACCCCUCUCCACCAACAAACCACUUAAAGCGCCCAAAAAGAACAAAACAGGCGUGAUCUACCUGUCCUCUCUGCCACCCUACCUUAAAUGCGGUGCUCUCAAAUCGUUCCUGGAGGCUCGCGGCUUCAAGCCUAUCACACGAGCCUUCCUCACUCCACUAGUCCUGAGAGACACGCGCAAGCGGAGCAACAAGCGCAAAAUGUACACGGACGGGUGGGUUGAGUUUGCAUCGAAGAAGACAGCCAAGAUCUGCGCGGAGACACUGAACGCAACUAUUAUCGGCGGCCGCAAGGGCGGCUGGUACCACGAUGAUAUCUGGAAUAUGAAGUACCUACGCGGGUUUAAGUGGGCGGAUUUGAUGGAGCAAGUGCAGCGGGAGCGGUCAGAGCGUGAGGCGAAGAGGCGGAUCGAGGAUACCCGUGCUCGGAAGGAAGAGAAGGUGUUUUUGGAAGGCGUUGAGGCUGGACGGGUUGCUGAUGGGAUGGCCAGGAAGAAUGAGGAGAAGAGGAGGCGGUUAGCCAAGGAUACCGACGGGGAUGUGGAUAUACCAGCAAAGGUACCGCAAGCUAUGAGGAGGACGUUUGUCCAGAAUGAUGUGAUAAGGGCAAAGGGGGAUCGGGGGGAUCUUCAGAAAGAUGCGACGAGGGUUUUGGCAAAGAUUUUCUAAUUUUAUUUGCAAUACUGCGACUGUUUUUUAAGAUAUCUUAAUUUUCUUAUUGAUUUUCUUCAAUGCUGUUUUUAUUGGAUGCGUAUGCUAUAACCGAACCCUCCGACUAAGUCUCCGGGGUCGCGCAACGGGUAUAUACAGUAGUUAUACUGUUAGAGCUCAUAAGAGUAGAAGGGUGGCUUUUUAUUCAAGUCACUGACCAGCACGUGCCCAACCACGGAAAGGCCAUAAUCCGGAUCCUCCGGACACGCACCUCUUUGCUCGCACCACAACCCCGGCUUGGUCCGGAGAGCAAAAAGAUCGCGUGCUAUCCUUCCCAAUUGGUCUUUCUCCGCAUUCUCUGGACGUCAUGACUUUCCGGAGUACCGAGUUAUACUGCUCCUACACCUAGCCCUCGCUAUUAUUAUUUUACAUGGGCUGUCCUCUGCAUCCACCC